GUUUCUCCGCCUCGAGGCCACAGGCAAGAAAACGAAAAACCAGAGAGUUAGACGCCAGUGGUGAUGUCUGUGGAUGUGAGUGUUGUAGCUCUGUUCAGACAACGUGCAGCCGCCCAGACAGCAGGCCGCAGCAUCGCAGCAUUGAACAGCGUUUGGAAACGGCGCGGCGCUGCACUCCGCAACCUCCUCCCCCAGCGCCUGGCAGCCAGUUCCCUCUCCCCCAUCCACUCCACUUCUGUAUCUGUGAACAGCCGGCAACAGCGUUCACUCCGCUCUUGCCAGCCUGACCCCUGCCCCCAGCCUGGCUCUCCCUCUCUCUCUCUACCAGGACAUUGUUGCUCGCGUGUGAAAACAGACGGAACUUGGAGGUUCAGAAAUGUUGACAGCUUUCCAGAUUCUAGCGUGGAAUUGCAGGUAUGCGCAGCUCCACCACUCUGACAGUUGAAAAAAAAAAUAGUGCAUUUUUUUUCUUUUUCUUUCUUCUAUUUCGACUUUUCGUAGGUCUUCCGUUUAUCAGCUAACUGUGGUAGCAGUAGAAUUACUACAGCCGUGAGAUUUCAGUGCUUCGUAUUGAAGAGUAGGUAAUAGUAAGCCUUCUCUGUGUGUGUUUAUUCUAUUUUGGAUAAAUAUUUCAAUUGUGACCAACACAAAAAAAAUUGUUUGUUCUAAAGCCAGGAGACGGCCAGCGUCCGUUGCUGUGUCUUGAGACGCACGCGCUAAUGAAUUGUUUUACAAUAUUUUAAAAUCAGCUACAUGAACUGUGAAAGCCCACUAAAGUUUAUUUUAAAAAAAUAUUUAAUCUGCACUUCGCGUGAGACUGAAUAGAACCAGAUCAUUAUCUUAUUGUGAGAGCCUGAAACACGAGCCAGGUAUUCGAACUUGAAAAUUUCAGUCGAGGGGCUUAGCUGCGUCGAUCACCUUAAACAAAAGUGUGUGAACCCUGACCUCCGAAUGACGUGUUAAGGCGUGCCCUCUGACCCCACUGUGUCAACUAUCAUUACAAUCCAUUGCAAUUGAAGUCGCUGACAGGCUUUGGCUGUCUAUACUGGAAUCGAUCUGUCGACACGUGGUAACGACAGUCCCUGAACAACCAGGAAUGCCAUUGGUUGUCAGUGCGACAGCCACCAAGAAAAUCGUGUCCUCGCCUCGGGAUACACCGUCGUUCGUCCUGUGCCAGGGGCAGCAUCAGCAGCAACACCAGCAACACCAGCAACAGCAGCAGCAGCACUGAUUUGUAUCAGGCCCGGCACAGCCAGCCAUGACCACCUGUGAUCUGCAGUCGUACCGCAGUUCGCAGUCGGCGCUGGCCAUGCAGCAUCUCCUCUUGACCUCCGCCGUGGUUGUGCUCUUCGUCUGCACCAAGUCUUACGUCAACCAACUGCGACGCCAGCAUGCCAGGUGUACGGUGGUAGUUAUCGGCGCAGGCCCAGUGGGUCUGACGACCUUGCUCAUCGCCUCACGAUGUCCGCACGUCGAGCGCUUAGUGCUGUACGAGGAAGUCAGCCGAUCGACUCUCAUCAACCGCGGCCAUCAGAUCGCCCUCGACAAGAAGACGCUUCAGUUCCUCAAAGAUCUGGAGGUCGAUUUCGACAACAUGGAAGGUUGCGUAGAAAGGAGUAUAUUCUACACACGUGUGGGGAUAUUUCUGGAACAUACGCUUGAUAUGAUUUCUAAGCUUCCGUUGCCGAUGGAUAUAAAAUUCGAUACGAAGUUCACGCGAGAGCGUGUGCAGGAGGUGGAGGCCAUGUCCGGGAGGAAAGUGGUUAUCGCGUGCGACGGGUCAACAGGUCAGGCGGCCAGGUUACUGGGCCUCAGCGACGAGUUCCUGCAAACAACGUGUCGUGCAUACGGCGCCAUCGCCUCAAUGGACAGGAAUGACCAGUGUUCAGUCCCCAUGCCGGAGAGACGGGUGCACGGCCUUGUGUUUGAUCUCUCAGCCUACGGCAUCGACACCAGCGAGAUGACAGACGCCGCUGGCUUCACACUCAAACUGUACGGCAGCUCCCGGCACCGCUGCAUGUGUCUGGCCAUCCCCAAGAGCGAGUCCCUUCUAGUCAAGAACAUGAGGCUCAUCCUGGACCGCUCGAUGAUGCGCAAUAUCUUCAUCAAGUGCUUCAACACGUGCCGCACAAAGAGUGAGGGCGAGCUGAGCGACACGUGGGCCUGCGACACAUGCGUUUCUCGCCCCGUCUGUUCGACAUCAAACUCUUCCAGCGCAUGGAACAGUCGCCUACUUCGAGGACGCCGACAUGUUCGUGCUGGCGGAGGGCGAGGCCAACCGCUGCUACAACUUUCAGACAGGGCUGGAUGUAAACAUGGCAAUGAAGGGGCUGAUGACGCUGAACCACUUGCUAGAACUAGCUGCCUGUGCACAAACAGAGCAUGACGUCAUGGACGCCAUGGUGAUGAAAGCCCGCCAUUCAGAAAACAUCGCCAAGCACUACCUCUCCAAAGGUCUGCAGCAGACUGUAUUCAGCUCCUGAGGAACUCAUUACAACCUGCCUCCAUUGGCUGUCUGCGAGAGUUCUCGAAGAUCGUCCUUCGCCAUUUAAUGAAGCAACUUGCUCUGACUGCGUGUCGAGUCGUGGUGAAUUUUAAUAUCUCCGUUUCAAGUGUUUGUUGUGAAAAUGAGAAGAACAAGCAGGAAAGCCAAGAAGAACCGGUCCGAAGAAUCUGAUUCUGGGAGAUGCAGUCUCCAUGAUUUUUUAAUGAUCUCUUAUGCUGGAAAGAUCCGCUGGUGAUGAUGGAUGGAUUUUCAACGAUCUUUUCCACAUGAUGGUCUUCGGCGCUGGGUUAUGAACAGUCUUGUGACUGUAUUCGUUACUGAAAACCAGCCUAUUGUCGUAGGAUAAAAAGACGCUUGCGUGGUACUAGUUUUUAUAAUGCAUCUUUGUAAUGAAAGUAUAAUCGCCUGUAACAAAGAUAACAUAUAUAUAUACAGCUUUGAUACCAUCUACUUAGCACAGCUGAUGAGCAAACGUAAAGAGGCGUUAUAAAGUUUGAUAAAAGCAAGACCCUUAUGACACAAGGCUGGCCAUAAGCAGAUAAUCUAAUCGUGCUUAUGAAUCUACGCAGCGGCUUAGAUGGUGGCUAACGUUUGUGUUUUACGUGCUUCGCUCCUCUCUAACCCCCGCGUCCCCAAACACCACCUUUGACUGCGCACCGUCAAGUCUGCUGUACUAGUGAGUGUCCGAGCGAUUUUUGUAACCUUUCUGGGAUAGUACUCAGACUGUCCUAACAUGAAGGUGAUUCCGCUCCCAGCUCACCCUGUGACGUUAUAAAGACGUUGUGAAUCGAGCUGUUGGACCUGAGGAUGGAAAUGGGUGACUGUUGCGUGUGACCUGUUACUAUAUCCGAGGCCCUCGGCUUUUACCCCCCUUCUGCCUCUCCGUCCCGAUCGUAUGUUUGUUUGUUGGUGGGUUUUGUUUGGUUUUUUUUUUUUUUUUUUUUUCGUACAUUUUGUUAUUGCCGAGUAUUUGUAAUGUAUGACAAGAACCACGUGCUUUAAUUUGAACGCGUUGGCGUUCGGUGAUAUGGAAUAAGUCAUCCACACGUCGCUUGCGAUAUUUCGGUCACACUAAGCUAAUACAUUGUUCCAGUCUCCGUUCGUGUCUUUGGUGUGGCCUAUAUGGCUCUCGUCGUGUCUUCUUAAGAAAAAUCAUCGCCAUCAUCAUCCCUAUUUUCCGACCAUCUUAGGUAAACGGGAAACUAUUUUUUGUUGUUUUGCUUUGGCUGCUGUUCGCUCUGUCUUCGGGGGUAGGGUAGCACAACGGUUAGCGCUUGUCACCAAUACAGUAAGGUUAGUUCCUGGGUUCGUAUCUUGUCUCGGGCAUGCUGUUCUUUUUCUCUGCAUGUGGCAUGUUUACAGUGCUGACUGCUUUGCUGGGAAUACAGUUUUAGUUGCUUUCCCACCCUAGGAUCUCUUUCACUUAUAUAUAAUACUAUAUACAUACAUCAUGGCCAUGGGUGAUGCUCCAUCUCCUCACACCGCGGACCAGAACAAGGGGCAAAACGCUGUCAAGUGUUCCUAGAGAAGGGAGAUAAACACAGCAGUGGUGCCCCCAGCGGGCUAUUUUCUCUCUUGUUAUUUUGCUUUUAACUUUUGCCACUCUCCUUUUUCCACUCAUAAGGAAAUCUCAGACGUGACUUUCCUGUGCUAUGCGCAGUAGAUAUACACUUGUUAAAAAAAUGGUAGCUAUCUGUAAUACCUAACAGGAUGCCCAAAUACUUGAGAGCUUUAAAGUUGUUUUUAAUAUGUAGAUUCCCUACUUAAUUCUUACUUUAAUUUAUAAGAGGAGAUGUGAACUGAGCCUUGUUCAUUUGCCAUGAGGUACACAGCCAUUUGUCUUUCACCUGCUGGAAAAAGUGAAGAUUUGAUGUUUCAGCACGAACGGUUUGGUUAAUUUUUCCUUCUAAAAUCCAUUUGUUUUGUGAUCUCGUAUAGUUUCAUAUUUCAUUCCCUUGAAACCUAUCAUUGUUUUUAUUUCCAGUUACAAGUAUGCGAGCAUGGUUGUGCAUGCAUGUGCACAUUUGAGAUGAACUUUGGUCCCACUCGUUAAAUGCCAUAUCAUUUUGAGCAACAUUUUCUUCUUUAUGGUGUCAUCCAUCCCUCCAUUAUAAAGAAGUGUUUGUGCUGCAGAAAAACAACUUUGAUAGGUGUUUGCUUGUAUGUGCUCAAGGAGCUGCCAUUUCAAGUAUUACAAGCCAGAUGUGGUAUCGUUAAUGGAAGUUUGGUGGUAAAGAUGUUGUGCACAAAAAGAUUUAAUUUGUGACCAAGCCCUUUAUUUGAAAUAUGGGAAACUUGCCACACCAGGUGUGUUUCUCAUUUUUGUGCCACACCUAACAAGUAUCCAUUGAAGCGCUAAUAUUUAUUGCACACCUUUCCUUGUGGAAUUUAUCUGCCUUAUCACAGACCUUUCCAAUGGUGAUGCACCUCAGUCUGGAGUAACAUAUUCUGAGGGAAAAAAAGUGAAUGGUUGUAUGAAUAUAUGCAUGAAUGAUGCUGAUGUAAUAAAUCAUGUUAACAAUGUUUAACUUUAUUUUGUAAAACAAAUCCUACAAAGCAUGGGUAAAGAGAAAAACAUGUUUCAUGCUUUAUUAGCUACAUUUUUCAUAAUUAUAAUAGGAUUUGUAAAGAGCAUUUUCCCAUGUGAACAUAAGCUCAGUCCACUACAUAGAAAGGAGCAGAUGUGACUGAUCCUCCGAAGCUUGAGGUAGGUGGACUUGCAAACAGCAUUUAUGCAAGAUUCAAUGAACAAUGAUGCCUCUUGUGUAGUGGAUAACAAGACAAGAAAAAUUACACCUUGUUGUGAAUCACCAGCCAGUUUUGUACUGAUCAUUGCACACACAAAAUACACUAUCAGCAAAUACAAUUUCAUAUCUAUUUUCAAUUAAUGACAGGAUAUUUUGCAAUUUAUUUAAUGUCUUUUUAUAUGACACAGUAUAUCUGUCGUGAAGAUUUCCAAAAUGUUGUUUUUAUAUACACAUCAUAAAGGCUAUACAUCAUAAAGCACACUGAAGAUAGACAAUCCGAUGUCCACCUACCUCAACACUGCUCAUGAAUAUCAGUCAUAAAUUAUUUUUCUGCUGCAAUAUAUAAAUUUGGGUUAUUAACAUUCCACCUUACACUUUUUAGUAUUUUUAUGGCAAUUGCCAGAAUACUGGCUGUAACAUAUGAAUGACACAAAAAUGGAUGAAAAAAAUCUGAUGAUAAAAGAAGUGUUGACUGCCAGAGUUCACAAUGUUAUUGUAAAGGUAUCAAAAGUUUUGUCUAAAUGCUUGUGUGCUUGCAUGUAUACCAUGUGUGUAAAGAACACAUGGGUAAAAAUGAUUUGUGAGACACUGUUUUUUACAAAAAUCAUCAAGGAAAAGAUGUCAGGAUAAUUUCCAUCUGAAAAUCUUUUUCAAAUGUGUCGCUACCAACAUUAAGUGCUGAAAAAUUCAAUUUUAUAUCCACACUCAUUCAACAUGAAGGGACUAACAGAACCUUUUAUUUAAUCUAAGUGUGGUCUUAAGUCCCACCAAGUGCCCAUAAGCACUGACAGCAGUGAAAUUUUUUUCCUUAACCUGCAUGUUUGAUGAGACUGGUUUAACAGGUGGGUGUAAGAGUCAGGCUUUCUCUGUAGUAAUGUUGAUCACGUGGAGUGAUUUCUUGCUUUGUAACAUGAAGUAUUAUCCCAAUAAAUAUGCUGUCAAACAUG